AUGAUAGUUGAGAAUGUUAAAAAAAGUAAAUUCUCUUUCUCUCGAAAGAGUGAAUCUGAAGAAACAUGCAAACUGGAAUAGUUCAAGAAUAAACUGUAGGGUAAGGCAUUUUAGCAUGUGUAGGAGACGUACUGUAAUUCCUCAAGAAUACUAAACAAGAUGAUCAAUCAUUACAGGUGUUUUUGUAAAGACUAGGAAUCACUUUGGAAGGGGAUGAAGAGACCUACAUUUUGGAUAUCAAAGAAUAUCACAACAAAUACAUAGAAGGAGACAUUUUGGGCGAAGGUUGUAUAGGAUUGGUGAAGAGUGUGAAAAGGAGGAGUGAUGGUUUUGAAUUGGCUUGCAAAACAGUGAAGACUGACUCGGAGGAAAUAGUAAAGAAAGUAAAAGUUCAGUUGUAUUCUGAAGAUGAUUAUGGAGUUUAAAAACCUAAGGAGAUUGAAUCACCCUCACAUCGUGUCGAUGAAAGAGAUUUAUAUUUAAUGGUUUGAAGGAUUCCAAUCAACCGGAAUGGUGUGUGUGAUCAUGGAGAAAAUUGAGGGCCGAGAGAUGUUUGAGGUUAUUUAAUAAUAAAAACAAUAUAGUGGUAUUAUUUUAACUAAGAAAGAGACCAUUGCUCGAGUGCUAUUCAUAUAGAUUUUAGAAGCCAUCAAAUAUAUGCAUGAAAACUAUUGUUGUCAUCGAGAUUUGAAGCCCAAUAACAUCUUAUGCGCUCAUGAUGGCAAAUCCAUAAAAAUUACCGAUUUUAAUGUAUAAAACUUAACAAAACCCUAGGUGUCGAAGUUUAAUGACAGAUACAAAGAGUUUGGAGACCUCAACCAACAUGGCAAAAUUGAAAUGUGGACAUACACUGGCACUGUUGCAUUCUCAGCUCCUGAGAUAUUUUCAGGAAAUCUUUACAAGUAACCAAACUUAUGUAAUUAGUGAAUAAGUUGAUUUAUGGAGUGCAGGUGUCAUAUUGUAUGUUAUGCUCAGUGGAGAAUUGCCCUUCAAUUAAGAAUAUCUAAAUGAUCUAAUCGAAUAGAUUCGACAAUGCAAAUACGAAUUCACAGGAAUCAUCUGGGAUCAGAUAUCCCAAUCCGCCAAGGAUCUCAUUACCAACCUCUUGUAAUUGGAUCCUGAAAAAAGAUUCACUCCAGAAUAGGCUCUAAAUCACCCUUGGAUCACUCAUGAAUAAAGCAAUUCAGAUAUCCCAAGGUAUUAAUUAUAAAAAAACAUGGCGCGAAUCUUGAGAGUCAAAAAUAUUAAUCAAGAAUCGAAAAUCAAAUAAAUUUGCUACCUUUUCGGAGCUGGAGACAUUUGGAAGAGACACUCCCUUGGCUAGGAUACCAAUCUAGAUCUAUACGACAAUCUUAAAAAAUAUAGAUCCAUAGAUAUAUCUGAUAGUUGGAAAAACGCUGAAAUCAAAGUAACUAAAGACACCAAUAAAAAGGGUGUCUAUACUAUAGAUUAUCCCUUUAGUGAUUCUGAUUGA